GUGCGGUCUUCUGUUGAAAUUCCGAGAAGUAAGCCUCUGUGUUUCUUAGAAUUGGAUUCUGAGAACUGGUGAUGCACAGAGUUUCGAGGAAACUUUUACAAGAUCUUGACAACAUGGCCACAGCUACAGAUGGCUGUAUUCAGUUCACCCGACAUGCGGGAGACGUCUUGUUUAAUUUCAACCGACUCCGAAGCCGAAACAUGCUCACGGAUGUCACCAUUCGUGUGGAUGGGCAACAUUUUCAUGCUCACAAAGCAGUUUUGGUGGCUUGCAGUGGAUUCUUCUACUCGGUUUUCAUGGAUCCAGAGAAUGUGAACCUCAGAUCUAUCACUCUGGACUCCCGAGUGGACCCAAAGAGCUUCUCCAUUUUGCUGGAUUUCAUGUACACAUCGUGUCUCAAUCUCAAUGACAGUCACGUCUUAGCCACCUUAAAUGUGGCUCUGUAUCUACAGAUGGAACAUGUCGCAGACACCUGCCAGCGCUUCGUCAAUGCCAGGCACCCACCAUUGCAGACUGAAGAUGGCCUGCCUGCUUCUACACCAGCUGAGACAAACCAGAGUUUCAAACAUUCUGCUAUUGAGGAGUGUAGAAACUAUUCCCCCAAUGUUUUUAGAGGAAUUAACACCUCUAAUUCUUACCAAGUCUAUAAUGACCACUCAGUGUCUGAGGGAAGCGGUAAGGUCCGCCCACUUCCCAGAACAAGUACUUUUUGCUCUAACACAAGCCUGAUGGGACUCCAAAAUUUCUCAUCUAUAAUCCAACUUGCCGGAAGCUUUCAGGAACCAGAGACUCCAAUGGAAGACAAUGUGCACCAUCCUCAGGCCAAAUACUUAAGACUGUCCCCUGGCUUUGACAAACCCCUUAUCUGUAGUCCUCAGAGUCCUUUAAGGUCUGACGGACAGCCCAACUCGCCCACAGAGUCCAGCAGUUGCAAGAAUGCAGCACUUAACCUGAAAGAACACUGCCCCAAAGAACCCAAAGCCCACAACUGGAAAAAAUUUAAGUUUAUCCUGAUGAACCAGACAUCAGAUAGCAAAGAGACACAAGAGGAAAACACAGGAAGUGAUUCUCCAACACACAGUCUGCACAGCAUCGAGUCGAGUGGGCACCAUGAAAGUGUGAGUGAAGACGGACUCAGCGACCAAAGAGAUGAAGUAAACCAAAGCAGUUGUAGCAGUAUCAGCUGUGAAAGCCCUCAGCGUCUUUCUCCAGAUUUAGUAUCCAGUGACAAUACCCCCAGACUGCACUAUUCAAACUGUGAAAAAAACACGUACUUGUGCAAUGGUUGCGACCCGCAUUUUUCGGAAGAAGAAUCUCUACGAGAGCGAUCAGUUGGAGCCCACAGUGACAACAAGCCAUACAAAUGUGACUGCUGCCAAGCCUCGUUCCGAUACAAAGGCAACUUAGCCAGUCACAAAACCGUUCACACAGGGGCAAAGCCGUACCAUUGUAACAUCUGUGGAGCGCAGUUUAAUCGACCGGCCAACCUCAAAACCCACACACGCAUCCACUCGGGAGAAAAGCCAUUCAAGUGUGAGACAUGUGGAUCCAGAUUUGUACAGGUGGCACAUCUCCGUGCCCAUGUCUUAAUACACACGGGAGAGAAGCCAUACCCAUGUGAGAUUUGUGGUACUCACUUCCGCCACCUACAGACGCUCAAGAGCCACAUGCGCAUCCACACUGGAGAGAAACCAUACCAUUGUGAAAACUGUGAUCUCCACUUCAGACACAAGAGUCAGCUGAGGCUCCACCUGCGGCAGAAGCACGGGGCGGUGACCAACACAAAGGCCCAGUAUCGGAGGGGCUCCAGCGGUCCAGACCCAGCCCUACUUAAUGCUUGCUGAAAAUAUAUCAAUUUGAUUCAGUGUAUUUUUAAAGAAUGCUCAUCAGUAUAUGUAAGCUUUAUGCCCGUGUAGCGAAACCAGAUCAUAUUAUGACUUAAAUGUGAAUUUUAGCUGGUACUAUAUUUUACACAUAAUGAAAUGCAGCACUGAAGGGCUAAUUUGUUUAAAGAAAUUCUGUUACAGUUAAGGUUUUGAGAUCAGUGCAAAGCGGUGGUUAAAAAAAGCUGUUUUGAUAUAUAUAUUUUAACAUGGCCAUCUGAUAGCAUCUUAUGAAUGUAUGUAUGUACAGAUGUAUAAAAUCUUAUUUUAUAGUAAAUGGUACAAAUUGUUAAUAUACGCAAAGUUUUGUAAAUACAUUGUAUGCCUUUUUGCCCUGUUUUGUCGCUCUUUCUUUGUAUUUUUGCACAUUCAAAAUGUAGUAAAUCAUUUUAUUUUUUUAAAAAACACUGUAUUUUUACUAAACUAUGCUCUUGUGUUAAACAUAUCUGAAUGUAUUUUAUGGUGCUUCAUAAGGUCCGAUUUUGGGAGGGAUUAUAAAAAUGUGAUUGUUUUCUAGCCUUACAUGUCUCAGACACAUGUCAAACUCUAGAAUGAAAGUGCCAUACAGUCAUGCACCCCUUAACCUGAUGUUACACGUUGCUGUUCUAAUUUUGCGUCUAAUACUCAAGGCCUUUAGUCCGGUACAACAGUGGUUCAUUGCUUUAGAAGCUAAAUUUGCGUGUGUUGCUAUACAAAGUGCUCAGGAAAACCUCUAUAAUGUAAGCAUAUGCCUUUGGUAUUGUACAUAUUUUCAACAAGAGAAUAAAAUCUAUAUCUCAUUGCACUGCCA